ACAACAUGGAUCCCAACCUGUCGUCCUCGAGCGGUGGCGACACCGACGACUACCGCAACAGCGGCGAGGGCUCUCCCAUGAUGAUGUCCCCCUGGAACCAGCCGGGCCCCUUCGGCAGCGCCUCGGCCAAGCAGCAGCAACUCCAGAACAGCCUCAUCGGCUCCCUCGUCCGUGAGGAGGGCCACAUCUACUCCCUCGCGGCCAAGGACGACAUCCUCUACACGGGCUCCGACAGCAAGAACAUCCGCGUCUGGAAGAGCAUGAAGGACUUCUCCGCCUUCAAGUCCAACAGCGGCCUCGUCAAGGCCAUCAUCAUCGCGGACAACAAGAUCUUCACCGGCCACCAGGACGGCAAGAUCCGCGUCUGGAAGAUCAGUCCUAAGAACCCGAGCGUGUACAAGCGCUCGGGGACAAUGCCCACUUUCUUUGACAUCUUUAAGGCGUCCAUCAAGCCUGGGAACUAUGUGGAGGCGCGGCGCAAGAGGAGCGCCGUGUGGAUCAAGCACACGGACGCUAUCUCGUGCCUCAGCAUGGAUAAGGACACCGGGAUGCUGUACUCGGCGUCCUGGGACAAGACGUUUAAGGUGUGGCGGCCGGAGAAUUCGAAGUGUGUGGAGUCUGUGAAGGCGCAUGAUGACGCGGUUAAUUCGGUGGUGGCGAGCACCGGGGCGAUGGUGUAUACGGGGUCCGCGGACGGGAAGGUGAAGGCGUGGAAGAGGGAGCAGAAGGGGAAGUCGUGCAAGCACGCGCUGGUGAAGACGCUGCUGACGCAGGAGUCGGCGGUGACGGCGUUGGCAGUGAGCGACAUGGAUAAGGUGGUUUACUCAGGGUCAUCCGACGGGGUGGUGAACUUCUGGGAGGUGGAGAAUCAGCUGGCGCACGGAGGGGUGCUGAAGGGGCACAAGCUGGCGGUGCUGUGCCUGGCGGCGGCCGGGAGCUUGGUGUUCAGUGGGUCGGCCGACAAGACGAUACGCGUGUGGCGGAGGGAGGGUCAGGCGCACACGUGCCUAUCGGUGCUGACGGGGCACACAGGGCCGGUGAAGUGCUUGGCGGUGGAGAAGGACAAGGAGGACGACAAAUGGGUGGUGUACAGUGGGAGCCUUGACAAGUCGGUGAAAGUGUGGAGUGUGUCGGAGAUGGCGCCGGACAUGCAGCAGAUGCAAAACAUCAAUUUUGAUUGGGAGUCUAGUUCAAUACCAUCCGCCAAAUAUUGAGGAAAUAUUCAUUGUUUCAGGUAAAUAUCUGUGUAAAUUGAUGAUAGAUCAUUAAUUUGAGAUCCCUAUAGUGUUAGUUGAUUAUUUCUUUACAAACUUUUUCCCAUGUUUCGAACUUAUACU